UGAGGCGUCUCGCGCGGUCGGCUCUUGCUCCGAGCGUCGGUCGGCUGCGUGGGGCGUGCGGAGGCGGGGAGGCGGGAAGGCGGCGGCAGCGCCUCGCGGAGCGCGGGGUCCGCGGGGACGGGCGGCUAUGGUGAUGGCGGCCAAGAAGGGCGCGGGCCCGGGCGGUGGGGUGAGCGCUGGCAAGGCGGAGGCGGAGGCGGCGUCGGAGGUGUGGUGCCGCCGGGUGCGGGAGCUGGGCGGCUGCAGCCAGUCCGGGAACCGCCACUGCUUCGAGUGUGCGCAGCGCGGGGUCACCUACGUGGACAUCACCGUGGGCAGCUUCGUCUGCACCACCUGCUCCGGCCUCCUGAGAGGCCUGAACCCCCCUCACCGGGUGAAAUCCAUCUCCAUGACAACUUUCACGGAGCCUGAAGUCCUCUUCCUGCAGUCCCGGGGGAAUGAGGUCUGCAAGAAGAUCUGGCUGGGCCUGUUUGAUGCCCAGACAUCUCUGAUACCAGACUCCAGGGACCCACAGAAGGUGAAGGAGUUUCUCCAGGAGAAAUAUGAGAAGAAGCGAUGGUAUGUUCCCCCAGACCAAGUCAAAGGGCCCACUUACACCAAAGGCAGUGCCUCCACCUCCAGCCAAGGCACCAACCCAGAGGGGCAGACCCUGCGGACACUCCUGGGAGACCCUGUGCCAUCUCUCUCAGCUGCUGCCUCCACCUCCAGCCAGCCUGCCAGCCAGCCCCAGGCGCGACCGGCCCAGCCCCGGGGCCCUCAGCCAGCUCCCCACUCCUCGGGCUUGAAGGCCAGCACUGACCUGCUGGCUGCCAUCGGUGGAGACCCUUUUGCUGUCCCUCAGACAGCGCCUGCCUUCGCUGCUGCUUUCCCUGCCUUUGUGGGCCAGAUGCCUGCCCACAGGGGCUUUGCCAACUUUGAGGCCUUUGGUGGUAGCUCUGGCUCAUCUGCAUUUGGAAGCAUUCCUCCAGCUGCUCACGCCCCAUUCCAGGCCCAGCUAGCACCCCCAGCCAGUCGGAUGCUCACUGGAAGUUACAGCUUUGGCAACAGCCAGGUAACUCCCUUUGGUGCCUCACCCCUAGCCCCGGCCAGCCAGCCAGACAUGAGUGGCCUCCUGGGUUCCCGGCCACCAGCUGGAGGGCUCCCUGCCAGCAUCUUCGAGGGGGCUGGCCCGGUGCCCCUACUCCAGUCGGCCAUGAGCGGAACUGGUGGCCCAGGACCUGGCUUCGGAGCCUUCACCAACCCGUUCACUGCACCUGCAGCCCAGCCCCGACCGCCCUCCACCAACCCUUUCCAGCCCAAUGGCCUGGCCACAGGGCUCACCUUUGGGGUGAGCAGUGCUGGCCCUGGCUUCCCCCUGGCUGGCCCACCCGGCGGGGCUUUCAGCAGCACCUUUGCCCCUGUGCCCUUCCCCCCACAGGCCUCCCUGGUGCCACAGCAAAACAGCUCCUCCUUCGGGGACUUGGGGACAGCCAAGCUGGGACAGAGGCCGCUGGGCCAGCCCUCAAUCUCCACCAACCCCUUCAUGACUGGACCAUCAUCAAGCCCGUUUGCCUCCAAGCCUCCCACCACGAACCCCUUCUUGUAGCACUGUGUUGGGGGGUCCUCUACCCCCCGAGCCCCAGUGACCACUGGCCUGAGAGUCUGAAACCAGAGAGGGGUCUCGGUGGUGGAUGUGCUGAUGCUUCGCUGGGGCUACAGACCAAGGGGCAGCUCCCCCACCCAACACACCCAAGUAGGGCAGGGUGUCACCCUGGAGUCAUGGUUCACUCCUCCAGCUCUGCGUGAGGAUGGCAGUACCCUGUUUUUCCCAGCCCCUGAGUGGACAAAGCUGGGGCAGUCUGGAAACACCCCCCCCCAUCUCUGCAGCUGCUCUUGCUCUUGGUGGCCAGAAGCCCAGCAGAAAAAUGGGGCAAAGGUUCUGGGUCCCUACCACCCAGGCCCAGCCGCCACAACCUCCAACCUUCCCAAUCCACCCCUGGACCUCCUUGUGCUUCCCGGCUCCCCGCUCAGUCCUGGGCCCUGGGGCGCUCUACAGGGGACAGAGGCGCCCGCCCCCCUCAAGCACUUUAGUCUUCAACUCCGGAGACCAGUGUUUUAUAUUUAUACAUAGUUUUCUAACAGCCUAUUCUAUAGACACGUCCACACAUGCUGCUGUGCUCCCCUCUCAGAUGUGCCACCCCCCCAUCUGUGCCCGGGCCAGCAAAGCCAGAGCUGGGGGGGGGUGCAGGGAGGGUGCCCCAGGCUUCUCUGGGGAGCACUGUGCAGCUGGCCUGCUCCUCUCUUUCCCAGCCCCAGUCUCUACACCAAAGUUGUUGCCCCAACGCUGGAAAAGAAAUGCAUUUGAAAGGAAA